CUUGGACUCUCGUUGUCACCUGACCCACAGGAUAAAACGCAAUUAUGAAAUAAAAGUCGACAACUCUUGUUAAAAACUUCAAAGUCAGGACUGAGAAUACAAGAAUGAAAAACUGUUGCACGGAAAGGUAAAAACCACCGAAGUUCGUCCGCACUAGAGUCUGAAAGAACCACUGUAAGUAACGGGGAUAAAAUACAUGUAGAGAAAGCGCAUUGUCUUCGAGCCUCCAGUUCCAGUGUUGUAGAAAUAUUACCUGCUUCUCUGAAGAAGAAAGUAAUAUAAGUGUACAUCAUGGCAUCGGAAGAAUCCACCGGACUGGCUAAAUCUGCCGCUGACAAAUUGUCAGAGAUGGGUGAAAGAACUAAACAGCUAGGUACAGCAAUGCAAGACCCUCACCGACAAAGACGGAUUAUUUUAGUGAUUGUCUGUGUGGCGCUGCUGUUAGAUAAUAUGCUUUAUAUGGUAAUCGUGCCGAUUAUACCUGAUUAUCUUGCAGAUCUAGAAAGUAAAUCAGAACACGUUUACGAAUCUAUACAGUCAAAUUCUUCAAUCAACAACACAACUCCAGGUAAACGUUCUUGGGACAAUUUAGACUUACAAAUAGGUGUUCUCUUUGCGUCAAAGGCUAUUAUUCAGCUCUUAGUUAACCCGUUCACCGGAACUUUCAUUGACCGGGUUGGAUACGACAUUCCACUAAUAAUUGGACUCUUCAUUAUGUUCAUCUCCACCAGCGUAUUCGCCUUUGCUGACAACUAUGCUACUCUAUUCGUGGCACGCAGUCUGCAGGGUUUGGGGUCCGCGUUUGCGGAUACCUCAGGAAUUGCUAUGAUUGCUGAUAAGUACACAGAAGAGGGGGAGAGGAGCAAAGCGCUUGGUAUUGCGCUGGCGUUCAUCUCUUUCGGAAGCUUGGUGGCGCCCCCCUUUGGUGGCAUCCUUUACGACUUUGCUGGAAAGAGGGUUCCGUUCAUUGUGCUUGCCUGUGUUUGCUUUGCGGACGGCAUGUUGUGCUUCACUGUACUUAAGCCUUUCUCGAACAGGACACGAGAGAAUAUGCCAGUCGGCACACCUAUAUACAGACUCAUGAUUGACCCCUACAUAGCUGUUGUGGCAGGGGCUCUGACCACGUGCAACAUCCCAUUAGCCUUUUUGGAGCCUACCAUAGCCAACUGGAUGGAGGCCACAAUGAAUGCAACGCAAUGGCAAAUUGGACUGACCUGGUUACCAUCUUUCUUUCCUCAUGUCCUUGGUGUUUACAUAACUGUAAAAUUAGCGGCCCAGUAUCCGCACCUGCAGUGGUUUUAUGGGGCAGUCGGGAUGGUUAUCAUUGGCGCGAGCUCAUGCACUGUGCCAGCCUGUAAAAACUUUGAGCAACUAAUUGCCCCACUGUGCGGAAUCUGCUUUGGCAUUGCCCUGGUAGACACCGCGCUUUUGCCAACACUUGCGUUUCUCGUAGACGUGCGCUACGUUUCCGUGUACGGCAGCGUCUAUGCGAUUGCGGACAUAUCCUAUUGUGUUGCCUAUGCUUUGGGACCCAUAGCGGCAGGUCAGAUUGUCCAUAAUCUCGGUUUCGCGCAGCUCAACCUGGGUAUGGGGCUCGCCAACGUGCUGUAUGCGCCCGCGCUCUUGCUGCUCAGAAACGUGUGCCAAAUGAAACCCUCUUUUUCGGAGAGGAACAUACUACUAGAGGACGGACACAAGGGACUCUAUGACACGAUUACAAUGGAAGAGCGCAAAGGCAGGAGUCAGGGGUGUAGCUCGGCGGGAAACGGCAAACCAGGGGAUGAGAGCGGCAUGGAUGCUUUUGGAGAAGUGCGGUCACAUUCAGAAGAAUAUGAGUCCGAUUACAAUUAAAUUGAAUAGACAUUAUGUCACUUUUGAAAAUGUUCAUUCAUAUGUUUGUCCCGUCAUAUAAUGUUCUAAUAUACACGAUGAAAUAACGACUGUUUAGCUUCAUCCUGCCCUCCCACCCCCCAAGAAUUUUAAAAGAUUGUUCAUAUGGCCGUAUGGAUUGGAGUGUGGAGUGCAGCGAGAGAUGACAGGCAGUCGAAAUUGUGUACAUAACUAUUGAAGUGUGUGAUCAGUGUAUCAGCUAUGUAUUCAAAAUAAUGUAUUUGCAUAUUCAGGGACAAAAACUAAACAAAAAAUGAAUUCGCUUCGGAUGGCUUUUUAAUUUUUUUAUUUUUAUUUUUAAAACAAAAUAAACACGUUUUUUUCCAACAACACUGUAUGAACUGUAAACUUGUUGCCUGAUUUGUGCUGCUAUAAUAUGCAAUAUGCCA